AUGCCCACGCUUCUGGCUGGAAAGCUCAAGUCCUCGGGCUUGGCGUUCAUCUUUGGAGUGGUUCUCCUGUACCCACGGCCCACGCUCAUUGGAGCUUCUUUGCAAGUCUUUCUUUGUUGGUGCUGCAUCCUGGCGAUGAACAGCUGGGUCUCCGUAGGAGCUUGGAUGAAAAAGAAGACAUGCUCACUUCACUUUCUUGUCCUAGAAUCUUAUGAGGCAGCUAACAGACCUGGCAUGGGAGGAUGUGACAAGCGCCAACAAAAGCGAAGAGUGACGGUCACGGCGGGUCCCUUCCGGCCAUGGCGACGUUUACGGCCACACCUGCGAACUGGGGGAGGAUGGUUUUUCGCCGGAGCAUGGCAGCUGGGGAGUCCAUUGCGGGUUUUGAGGACCAGGUAG